GAGCAUGACCUAUAACCUUGCUUUCUCUGCUUUAGAUUGUCAAAAGGAACUGCUGUGACGCAAACUCCUCGCAGUUCCUUUAAAACUUUGCACUCAUUAUUAUAUUUUGAUGCAAUACUAGAAUUCCACGCUAUCGUGGCAUAGCAUAGCAUGCGCGGCCAGGCUUUCUGCAGGGACCGGAGUCUCGCUUCCUGAGAACACGCAAUGUGCCUGUCAAUGUCGGUUAGCUAGAUAUUGAAACAGCUGGAAUAUGCGGUUGAAAGGAGCCAGCGCCGGGCUGCUGGGAUGGACUUUAUGGCUCUGCUGCGCGUUGGUCCGCGGCCAGCAAGCAGCCCGAGGAACAGUGGACUGCAAAAACGGCCAGGAUAUUGUGCGGGCACUUCAGGACCCCGAAGUCCACACAGCCUACCUUAUGUACAACAUGGUGCUGUCGGAGUCAGACUGGGCCGGCGUGUCGACGCCGUACACGCUAACACGCAACUUCACGGUCGCCAAGCACCCGACCCUGCUGGACAUGCCCAUCCUGGACUUGAGCUUCGCAACUGGGCAUGUCCAACUGAUGCAAGCAGUGGUGCUUUCGUUUGUGGACCUGGUGCUCACGCGCUUCCGAGGAGACACCACAGUCGCGCAGGCGCCAGGCUUUGACCUGCUGACGACGUCUCAGCCAGGGCUGGUGCCGCCGCCGGUCCUGUCCAUCGUGUCGGGCGGGCUGGUCAUGCGCGCCUGCAUGCCUGUGGCGUUUGCGGCCAUGGCUACCGUCACGAUGCCGCGACCGCCGCAGUACGGCGGCAACCACUCCGUCGACUGGCGGCUGCCGCAGCCCGCGUGCGUGAACGACUCGGUGCAGGCGCCGGCACCGCCGCUGGCGCGGUGCUGGCCGGCGCGGGGCAUGUACAGGGACCUCAAGACCUACGGCGCCAACAUUGACGCGUCGGGCAAGGCAGUACCGUCGAAUUAUCUGGCCUUGCUGAGCAACGUAGCACUGCUGUGCGAGAUGCUGAUGACCGACGAGUGCGCCCAGCAGCUGGGGCCGCUCGGCUGCUGGCUGUUCAUGUUCGGCCGGGCCUCGACGCCUUCGCCGCCGCCCUCCGCCUCGCACCCAGCCGGCAUUGGCUCGGCAGUGGAUGGCACGGGCAUUGACCCGACCAAGCAGCCCAGCGCCAGUCCAGCCGACUCCAGCUCGGGGGGCGACGGCACCGACGGCAGUGGGCCUAGCAGCGACACGGUCGCAGCCAUCGUGGGCGGCGUGGUGGGAGGCGUGGUGCUGCUUGCGAUCAUUGUGGUGGCGGUGAUGGUGCACAACACGCGGCGGAGACCGACGGCGGCGGAGCCGGUGGCAGCGGGCGCCAACGGCGGCGCUGGCGGCAGCGAGCAUAAGGCCAAAGGAGGCAAAUCUUUGUCAGGCCGGCCUAGCCGCAGCAUCGACGGCAAGCCAUUUUCGGCGACGCCGCAGCUCUCGAUGUCGGCGGCCGCCGCGGUGGCGGUUGGCAAGCUGCUAGGCGGCGGCAGCGGCGUGGGCAAAGGCGGUGGCAGCGGCCCGCCGGACAGCGCUCUGGAUGCCGCGCUGACGUCGGCGUGCGGCGAGGACCCCAGCACCGCCGGCUCAUCCGCAGGCGAGGUGGUCCUGCACGUGGACGGCGCCGGCGGGGCCGGAGGCAUGGCGGUUGCGGUGGGUGCCGUGGCUACUCUGGUAGACCCCAUGGAUGGCGGGGGCUCGGAUCAGGCGGUGCUGGGACGCACGGCGGCGCCACUGGUGUCAGCGGGCACCUCGGCAGGCACGCAUGCGGGCGCGGGGGCGGGCGUGCACUCGUCGAUCUCGGCGGGCGCAGCGGCGCGCGCGCCGGCGUCGGUGGCGGCAGCUGCUGGCGGGGACGGAGGCGCGGCGGUCGCGGCGGGCGCAGUUGCGGCGCAGUCGUCAUCGGACCUGCUGUGGGGCAUCCGACCCAAGUCGGACGCGAUAGACGAAGCCGCCGCGCCUCUUGUGGUGGUGACGCCCUUCACGCCGCCGCGGGCGGACUUCCAAGAGCUCGACGACACUCAGGCGGCGCAGGAGCUGCGGCUGGUGCCCGUGACGCUGGGCAAGGGGACGUACGGCCGUGUGAUGGCGGGCGAGUACCGCGGGCGGCGCGUGGCGGUGAAGCUGCUGACGGACCCGGAGGGCAUGCCGCCCGACCAGUUGGAGCCGUUCCUGGAGACAUUCGCGCGAGAGGCGGAGGUGCUGGGCAGGUGCGAGCACGCCAACGUGGUCAAGCUGCUCGCCGCCAACCUGCGGCCGCCGCGCGUGUGCCUGGUGAUGGAGCUGAUGGAGACCAGUCUGGACCGGAUGAUGUACGGCAGUGGCGGCAGAGGCCAAAAGGCGGCGGAGGCCGCGGCAGCGGCACAGGCGGCGGCGGCGGCUCAGCAGCAGCAGCAGCAGCAGGCGGCGCCGCAAGGGCAAACGCCGCAGCCGCAGCCGCAGCCGCGGGUUCCCGGUGGGCAGCCGGGUGUGAACCUGCUGCCGCUGAGCACAAUGCUGCAGAUCAGCAUCCAGGUGGCGCGAGGCUUGGAGUACCUGCACCCCACCAUCGUGCACCGAGACCUGAAACCCGGCAACGUGUUGGUCAAUGGCGCCGACACGCCCGAGCGCCUGGUGGCCAAGCUGACGGACUUUGGGCUGUCGCGGCUGCGGAACACGGUGCUGGUCACCAAAGACCCCGAGGCCGGCACGCCGGCCUACACUGCGCCCGAGUGUUUUGACCCCACCAACUACGAGAUCUCGCACCAGGCCGACAUGUACUCGUUGGGCGUCCUUAUGUGGGAAAUGAUUGUCGGCGAGCGGCCUUUCGACGGCCUCCAGAUGGUUGCUAUCGCGUACCGGGUGACGGUGCAGGGCAAGCGGCCGCCCUGGCCCGCCGGCCUGGAGCGCUCCCGCUGCCCCAAGCGGCUGCGCGCGCUCAUUGAGGAGUGCUGGGACCCCGUGCCCAGGCGCCGACCCGCGGCGGCUGAGGUGGUGAAGAGGCUGAUGAUGAUCCUGCAGUCUGUACAAUCCAAGAUCGACACCAGCAGCCACGAGAACAGCGACAGUGAGCACCGCUCAUGCGAUGGAGCUUCCGCCGCCCCUGGGGCCGGCGGUGGCUUCGGCGGAGGCGGCGCGCGCGGCUCGAAGCGACAGAUGCUGCCGGCUGACCUGGAUGGCAAGCCGCUGCCGCCGCGUGUGAUGCAUGGUGUGGACCUGGCUCGCAUCAGUGCAGAGCUGGCGAAGUCAGAGCAGGUGGUGGGUGCCGGCGUCAGCCUGCAGGGCAGCUGAGCCCCGCGAGAACGCGAGUUUGCGCCGCUGCUGGAGGAGAUGUGAAGGCGGCGGUAGCGGGCAGCAGCGGCGGUGACAGCAACGGCGGCGGUUCGCAUGAGUGAAGGCACAGGCGUGCUGUGGCUGCGGUCGCGGUGUGGAGCCUGGCCUAGCGGCUGGUGGGUACGGAUGUGAGGUGUGGGAGAUCAGGGCUGCGCUGCUGUCGUGGCCGUGGCAGUCCACGGUGGCGUCGCGUGUGGUGUCGGUAUAAGCAGCAGCCGGGUGGCGGCUGCGGCGGCCGCCGCAGCAGCCAGAAGGGUGGGUCCUAGAGCUAUCCAGAGCCCAUGGCUGACAGGGCGAGGGGUGGUCUUUACCAGCCCCAGGGGGUUAUCUUCGACUGGGGAAGCAAGCGUGCUGCAGGGCAACGCAAAGCAUGGCUGCGAGUGAGGAGUCUGGUCAUCAGUGGUUUAGGCUGGGCACAUUGCACAAGCAAAUGGCAUGCGCAUGGAUCUACAGGGCGCGCCGGCGUUGGGGUCUACGCGCAGCCGAGCGCCGGCAUGCUUCCCAUUCAGUUGCAUUCUUUGGAUAGUGGCAGCAUGGCUUUCUAGCACGGUUCAUGGCGCCGCAUGUUGUGCUGCGGAUAGGCGGGAGGCUUGCACCAGCAUACGUUGCGUGGGGCCGGGAUAGUUGGGAUUAGCGUUCGGCGUGUGCAGCAAUCAGCUUGGCAUGGGCGAAUCGUCGCGAAGCAUGGUGAGACAGGGUAGCUGCAUGGUCCCAACGUCAGGGCCGCUGAUUAGGAGCACGGGGGAGCUUGUCUCGGCGUGCACGGGAUUCAGUUGCGGAGGGCGGGCGAAGCGCGAUUUGGGAGCGUAUGAAAGGAGGACUGGUGCUUUGCAGUUUGGCGCGCGACGUUUGUAUGUUAUCCUCUAGGGCACGAAUAGUUCAACAUGCAGUGCACGUGCCUGCUGUGCAACAGCAGCCGCAAUUGGAUGCCCGGGCUGCGCCGUGAUCCGAGUAGGCAUUGGAAAUGCGUCUGGUACUGGUGAUCUAACACGUUGACGGUUUUUUAAGAGCGGGGGUCGUAAUGCUGGUGACAGGCCGAUAUUGCCGUUAAGAUAUCAACGCCAUGCUACCGGUAAUUUAGGUGACCGAGGUGACUAUAACAGUGUUCCAUCCUGGAUGAUGGACGUGCUUGCGUCCUGCGAUGCCAUUUCGUAUGGGCGGAACGCAGCCGGGGCAAGUGGGGGCGCGCAGCAAGAACAUCUGUAUGAGUCGCGCCAAGCGAAGCAGGCGUGACGGUGCUGGGAGGCUGGCGUUUCUUCCGAGUGCAUAGGUGGAGCGGUUUAUCAACAAGGGUCGUAGUGUAUUGCCUUCUGGUUGCGGAGUGACGCGCAUACUGACCCUUGUUGCGACACGGUUGUGUGACGCGUCACGAUGCAACUGCACCUCACGUCUGAGGCUCGAGGCGGCAGUGGAAUUGCUGACCUGUUCAGUCGCAAGUCUCACAGGCGGCCGAGCAAUUAGUUGUCCUUGCGAUGUGCUGUACGGAUACAAGCGGUGGAACGAUGACUGAGAAUUGAGGGGAAAACCAGCAAGGGCUGAGCGAUACGCAUCAUAAGUAAGCAGCAGCGCCGGCGCGGGAGUCUUGCCGUUGCUUUGUCUUUUCUCAGGUUUUGAGGCCGCAUCUGCUCCAGGACCGUUUCCAGGAACCCAUGCAAGGUGCCAUCAUGAGACCAGGUGUCGUGACUGUUCAAAUGGAUGUAGUUUGGCGUGCCUGGUGCAUGUGAUAUAGGAGGUUCAGGGAGCCGGGGCAUGUGGAAACGGGUGCAAGCCCGCGCAACGCGUCGCGCUCGCAUGCUUGAUGGCAAGGACAUGGCAAUAAACGAAUUACGAAAUGCAAAUGGUACACUGAAUGCCUGCGAUGUAAAGUGCACCUCGAGUGUGUCAGAUCGUGUAGCAUUACGCACCGGUGCUACAAGGGCCGGGGCUUCAGCAUCAAUAUCAGCAACAGCACCGGUAACGGGGUGCCUUGAGCUGUGCGGCGACCUGCGACCAGGAGCAGGGGCAUUGAGACUUCAUGGGUAACGGCAGUAGGGAUUGAUGGACGUUGACUCGUCGAGGGCAGUACCGCAGUAGCAGUAGAAGCCGGAGCCAAGCUGCCAGGAUGCGCCUGCUCCCAGUGUUGGCUCUGCAUCCAGCGCAACGAGGGCUGGAACCGUGCUAUGAGUGCUUACAGUGCUAACGCUCGACAGACACGCAUGGCCGAAGCACACGCCACGAAACCUAGGCCCCGGUGCCAGACGGUGAGACAGUGUGAGACGGCUCUCCUCGGUGUACGACUGGAUUCAGGAACUCCGGGUGUCCCCGCGAGAGAUUCGUAAGAU